ACGUUGCACGCAGACGCAAUUUGUAUUGCUAGCAACACUAGUUUCCGCCAAGUUCCGCCGGCCGAAGCCGCUAGGCUGCUGGAUUUGUUUUCCGCACGUCGCAAAAUGGCGGACGGAGGUGUGGAUAUAGAUUUGUAUGCUGAUGAUAUAGAAUCUGAUUUUAAUCGCCAGGAAGAGUUUGGUGGUGAGAAUGUGGAUUUAUAUGACGACGUGAUCGCCGCGCCGUCUGCCAAGCCCGAGGAUGGCGAGGGACCUCCGAACGCGGUAGUUGCACCACAUCCGCACCCCCCGGAGGAGACGAACGGCAACGCAUCAUAUCACGGACCAAAUCAUGGACAUCAUGGCCGCCGCUACCAACUUUACAUCGGCAACCUUACAUGGUGGGCGACGGACCAAGACAUUGCAAACGCUGUCGCCGACGUCGGGGUGACCGACUUUCAAGAUGUGAAGUUCUUCGAGAAUAGGGCCAAUGGACAGUCGAAGGGAUUCUGCGUUAUAUCCCUCGGCUCAGACCAAUCUGUUAGGAUGACCCUGGAUCGUCUGCCCAAGAAAGAAAUUCACGGACAACACCCCGUUGUUACGAUGCCAACUAAACAGGCCCUCAACCAGUUUGAAAGUCAAUCGAAGACUAGAUCAACACCGCCGGGCCCUAACAAUCCCGGUAUGAGAGGACCACAUCCGGGAGGCCUUCCUGGACCCCAUCCUGGAGGUCCGUUCCCGGGCGCGGAGUUCUUCGGCGGAGGGCCGAACGGUCCCGGGCCGAACGGGCCGCGCAUGAUGAUGGCGGGCCCGGUGCCGCACCAGAUGCGCGGCCCGCCGCCGCACCACGCGCCGCACCACCUGCCGCAGCACCAGCCGCCGCCGCACCACAUGCAGCACCAGCCGCCGCCGCACCAGGGACCGCCGCCGCACCGGCCGCCUAUGCAGUUCCAAGGUCCGCCGGCGAUGCAGCGCGCGGGGGCGCCGGGCCCGGGCGGGCCGGGCGGGCCGCGCGCCGCUGACUGGGGCGCGCGCCCGCCGCACCCCAUGCCGCCGCAGCCCGCGCCGCAGUACGGCGUGCCGCACCACCAGAUGCCGCACCAGAUGACGCCGCCGCAUGCGCCUCCAGGGCAGGGUAUGCCUCCACACCACCAACUACCUCCUCAUCAACAGGGACCUCCUAGAGGGCCUGCACCAAUGCCGCAACACCCAGGAGUGGGAGGUGGCGCCCCUGCACCUCACGUGAAUCCGGCUUUCUUCAGCCAGCAGCCACCAGGCCAGCCGGCACCUGCUUUGCAGCCGCCGCCUCAACCUGGACCACCAGGUCCAGGAGCACCUUACGGUCAUCCGCCACACGGAGCCCCACCACCGGCACAAGGACCACCGCCAGGGGCUAGGCCACCGUAUGGCCGACCGCCACAGAACUACCCAGUGGGUGCGGAGGCUGGUCGUGCGCCGCACCACGGCGCGCCGCUGGGCUCGGGCCCGCCGCACGUGGCGCACGCCGCGCAUGCGCCGCACGCACAGCACGCGCCGCACGCCCCGCACGCACCGCACGCGCCCAUCGUGCCGCACCCCGCCAUUAGCGAGGCCGAGUUCGAGGAGGUCAUGAGCCGCAACCGCACCGUCUCCAGCAGCGCCAUCGCGCGCGCUGUCAGCGACGCCGCCGCCGGAGAGUACGCCUCCGCAAUCGAGACUCUCGUCACUGCCAUUUCGCUUAUCAAACAGAGCAAGGUGGCACACGAUGAUCGCUGCAAGAUCUUGAUCUCGUCGCUACAAGACACGCUGCACGGCGUGGAGACGAAGUCAUACAGUAGCGGUGAACGGUCGCGGCGUUCCCGAUCGCGCGACCGCGAGGCGCGUGCUCACCACCGCGCGCCGCGCCGCCGCGAACGCUCCGCCAGCAGGUACCGCGACCGCUCGCGCGACAGGGACGACAGAGACAGGUAUAGAGAAAGGUCGAGAGAACGCGAUCGUGAACGCGACCGUGAUGCGUAUUACAGGGACUACCGUGAACGCGAACGCGACAGGUCUCGCUCCCGGGAGCGCGAACGUGCCGACCACUACAACAGAGGACACAGCCGCGAGGAGAGGCCGCGGAAAUCACCUGUAGAGCCAGCGGCGGAGAGCGGCGCCGGUGACGCGUCGAACGCGAAGAGUCGUACCGCGGCCGCACCCUACUACGACGAGCAGAGAUACCGCGAGCGGCGCGACCGCGACCCGCCGCCCGGCGACCGCGACCGCGACCGCGACCACCGCCGCGACGCGCGACACUAGUGCCGCCACGUGACGCCAGCGACGCCGCCGCGCCGUAAGAUCUUCCUAUAAUGACUCUUGACCAACAUCUCUCUGGUCUAACUUGCGGAUUUAGUGACUUUUUAGUUACACUUAUGACUUGGUUACACAGUGCGAGUUGAACACAUAUUCACUUUUCAAGUCCCGAUUUUGGGUCAAAGUAGGCAACUCACAUAUCAGUCGCGUAAUUUGUGAACGGUCUAGGUGGCCUUAACUGUUGACACGUGAGCGCUAUACCGGGGUCCCUAUUCACUGCCUGCUCAACAGCUCGUAUUGUGUAAGGAAGCCUCGACGUUUUCGGUCAAUAUGGUAAUGUCAGUUGGGUUCGGGUGGCAGGCAAAGUGACCAAAAUGUUAGUUUUAUAGAUGUAAUAAUGUGUAUACUGUAUAUGUAUGUUUAUUUGCGGUGUCGUUUUUCGGAAACGGCUUAUAAAUAUUUCUUUGUAUGCCUGAUAUGUUUUGGUGCAUAAAUAUGAAUUUUGGUUUAUUUUUAUGUAAUUUAUUGUCAGCAAGUUGAUUGCAUUACCAUGUUUGUUCUGGAUAUGUAUCAAGUAUUCCACUGUCGUGUUUUUUAAAAGUAAGGCAUCAGUCAUUUUAAUAUUUACAUUUUUGUCUUAUAAACUCAUCACAUUUCACUUUAUAUUAUAGUGUGUACUUUUAAUAUUCUGGAAUAGUAUUACGUCAUAUCCAAUAUUAUGACAGGAAAUAAUAUGUAUGUUAUUUAUAUUGAUAAACCAUGACCUAUUCAGUCUAAAGUUGAAUACCAAUAUGUGGGUUACAUUGUUAACAUUCCAGAAAUACAAUACUUUGACCGGAUAACAAAGAUUUUUCAAUAUCUAUUCUAUAAGAUGUCUAUGGUUUACAUGCAAAUAAAUUAUUUGCUUCAAGACUCAAUUUACUAAAUAGGCUUUUAUAAGGCUGUUUGUAAAUUCUUUUUUCAUUAUUACACAUUCACUGAACUAGGAAAAACGAUUACUUCGUUUAUAGGGACUAGUGGUAAGUUAAAAUUAUUCUUUUAUGGAUUCAUCCAUAUAGUAGAUUAUGACUUUGACCUAGGAUUUAAUUUGAUAUAAAUAAAAUUAUCCAUGAAUGAA